UCUGGAGAGGAACUAGGGAUGGGUCUGAGGGCUGGGCCUGAGCGGCCGAGCUAAGGUUUUAGAGAGAAAGGGGAGGUACUAAGGUUUAAAGGUGUCCUGCUGGGACAAAGAGGAACCAAGAAGGAACUGGGAAACCUCGGAUGAAGAGCGCGGCUGAAGUUUAGACUUGGGCUGAGAAGACAACGUAGCCUAGAGAGGGAGAGGGGCUGGGGGUGAAGGGUUUGGGCAAGCAUGAGGCGGAGUUAAGGCCUGAGCUAGGGCAGAGCGGAGACUGGAUUUGCGGUUGGCUCGGCCAAGUUGAGGUUCAGGGUUGGACUUUUGCAACAAAUAGGCUUGUAGAGACCAACGGGCUUAGGACGAUGUGGGUCAGGACGACAAUGAGGAUUCAAAGGUGGACUAAGGAAAAGACUGAAGACAACGCCAACACAAGGGAGGAAAACAGCAGCGAUGUAAACAGGUUACCCAGCUGGGAGAGAGGCCAUCUGCUGACUGGUGUGGCAUGUAGCACUGAUGCAUCGACCUUCUCUGAAGGUGACUCCACUGAUGCUGACAGGUGCUGCUGGAAACAUAAGCAGUGCAGCAGGCACAUCUUUCACCCCUUCACUUCAGACUGUGGCCACCACGAUGUGCACCUGCACUCUAUCAGCCACUGCGACUGUGACUCUAGGUAAGGGCCCAUCUCCUUGGGAGACUCCAAGCCCAGAGCCCAGCCCCGUUUUUGUAAACCUGACUCUGCCCCAAGGGCAAUGGGGUGGAGGUUUUUUGGCAGCCUGGGCUGGGCCCAGUGGAAGCCCGCUGUCCUUCAGGCUCCUCGGUUCUGGGCCCCUGGGGAGUCUUGGAGGCGUGGGAGCCAGGCUGAGUCCCCUGUGUGGCAGGCUGAAGGACUGCUCAGAGAAGACAAAUAGCAGCAGCUCCCAAGACGUGGGCUCACCCUGUUUCAGCAUCAUCCAAUCCCCUUGCUUUGGGCUCGUCCCAGAGGAAGAAUGUGUGGAGCGGUUCUGGUACAGCUGGUGCAAAGGCUACAGGCCCAUCUCUGUGGCAGUGAUCCACCACCCGCUCCACCAUGACUAUGGGGCAGAUGACCUGAAUGAGGAGGAGGAAGAGGAGGAAGCAGCAAGCCAGCCUCCCAUUCCAGCCCAGGUGGUGCCCAUCACCGCACCCACCAUCACAUGCAUGAGCACUGUCUCAGUUCCCUCUGACUCAGCAGCUCCCAUCACUAUCUGGCGCUCUGAGAGCCCCACAGGGAAAUCCCAGGGCAGCAGGGUGAUCAAGAAGGUAAAGAAGAAAAAGGAAAAAGAGAAAGACAAGGAGAUGGAUGAGAAGGUAAAGCUAAAGAAAAAAGUCAAGAAGGGCAAGGUGACUAAGAAGAAAAGCCCAAUUAAAUCAGGACCUUCGCCUCCAGACUUGAGUCAAUCGACAAGCCCAAGAGAGUCAGCUGGGAUGUCAGAGUCCAGCCCAGACAGUAGGAGAGACCUGGACAGUGAGAACAGUUACAGUGAUCCCAGGUGGGAGGAGCCCUCCAGCGAGGAUGUUGUAGAGUCUUUGUUACCCAGGAAGAAAAAGAACACAGUCCAGGCCAAGAAGCCUGGGGUGAAGGCCUUGCCAGUCAAGAAAGUCAUCAAGAGGAAAUCUCCCCCAACAUCAAACCCCAAUCUCAGUUGAGGCCAAGGCGACCAGGGUGAAGAAUAAAAGGGAUCAAGCCUAUAGCUGACCUCCUGCUGCUGUUCUGUCUCCCUUCAACCUGGCUGUUUCUAGGGGGAUGGGGUGGGCUCUGGGCACAGCUGGAGCCAGGGGGCUAGGGGGCUGCAGGGGUUUCUGAAGGGCAAUCCAUCUUUCAAGAGGAAGUCCAAGGGAAGGUAGUGGGAGAGUAGUGAGGAGCACAGCCUGUUUCUUAGAUCAUCCUAGGCCCAGGGCAGAAUAGCACAUUGGGGUCAGGUGGGAAGGAGGCAUCCUGUUCACUGGGAGACUGGUUUGUGUGAAUUCCACUAGGGGACAGGCAGUACUGUCUGCAGUGAUGCCCUAAUAAAUCGAACUUUUCAACCCACUCUACCACUGUGCCUGGCCUUUGCCUCCUUUAAGGGGCCCUAGGGAAAGUGCUGGUGGCACCAAAGGUGUGUCUUCCCAGCUGGUGUGGCUCUGCUCCUGCUAGGCCCUUCUAGACCUUUUGUGCUAAAGGGAAUAGAACUGACUUCCCGACAGGUCAGCCCCUUCCUCCAACUUUUGCAAACAAAUGACCAAAGAGAUCUUGAAGAAAAGGAAGGUGGGGAGCUCCCCAAGCUUGGGCCUUUAUUGACUUCUCUGCUAAGCCUCAAGCAGGGGAAAGGGACGGGGACAGCCUCACUCUCCCAGCACCAACUUGCAAAGAUGUGAGACCAAGCCCGAGUGAAAAACACGGGGAGAUCAGGAGUCCAGAGCAUGAAGAGGCAGUGAGGCUCAGCAAAGGCACCAGGGCCAGGGAGCUGGCUGGUCUCAAGCCUGGAAGCAGGGGGCUGGCCUCCCCUGCAACGUCCCAGCUCCCUUUCCCAGUCCAGUGCUUGUGUGUAGAAGCCUGUAAGCAUGGGGCCCGUCCUAGGGCAGGUCUAUUUGAGUUGCAUAGAUAGACCAUCACAGACCAAGGCACAGCCAGCAAAAAGUGGGGAGAAAGGUGCAGGCAUUCAAGUUGAGAAACCCAAAUUUCCUCGUGGCCUUUCUCCGAUAUACCAGAGAAGACUAGUAGGCAUGGGAUGGCUGGCUGUAUGAGUGUUAACAGGAGCUAAUAUUUACUGAGGCCUUAAGGGGGCCUGAGCACUGGGCUAAGCACGGAACACUCUGUCCCUCACAGCUGUCCUGAGGAGGUAGGCAUCACUAUCUCCAUUUCCCAGUUAAGAAAGCUGGCUUAGCGACAAUAGGAUCUUGCUCAAAGUCACAGGGCUGAGUAGUGGGGCAGGCACUGACCCUCAGCAGCCCGAUGCAGA